CUUCAUUUUGCCACCUAAACCCCACCAUGCCUGCCGCAAAGCGCAGCGAAAUCAUCGCUCCAUCGUCCGCCUCGAACCAAUCGGACGCGGCUGAUUUCCACGCGGUGUUGAAGCAACUCAACUUGGCCCCCGUGUCCGCCCCGUCAUCGAAGCCCCCUGCCUUCAAGUUCUGGCGUACGCAACCCGUCAUGACUUUGCACGACACAUUGUCGUCUUCUCAAGAUCACGGGUACUGUGACCAGUCCAUUCCCAAGUCGAAAGUUCGAGCGACGCCACUCAAGUUGCCAGAAGGGUUUGCAUGGUCCGACUUCGACAUCACCAACCCUUCCGAGGCUAAUGAGCUAUACAAAUUCCUAGCCGCCCACUACUGCGAAGACAGCGACGGUCGGUUCCGGUCGGACUACUCACUCGAGUUUCUCAUGUGGGCGUUGACUUCUCCUGGGUACGUGGCAGACUGGCACGUCGCCAUCCGCCACACCUCCUCAGGGAAACUCAUGGCGUUCUUCGCUGGAACCCCGAAGGCCAUCCGCAUCCACGACGACAUUGCACCAUCGUGCGAAACCAACUUUUUGUGCAUCCACAAGAAACUUCGAAACAAACGACUUGCGCCAGUGCUCAUCAAGGAGCUGACCCGUCGGUCGAACCUCCAGGGGGUGUGGCGGGCCGUGUACACCGGCUCGUCCCGCUUACCGACCCCCGUCGCGACCACUCAAAUCCACCACCGCAGCCUCAACACCAAGAAGUGCGUCGAGGUUGGGUUUGCCUACUGUCCCCCGAACGUGUCACUCACGUCGCUAAUCAAAACCAACAAACUUCCAGACGUGACGUCCAUCGCUGGCUUUCAGUCGAUGCAGCUGCACCAUGUCUCACAAGUUACAACACUUCUCAACACUGACCACGCCAAAUUUGACUUGGCCCUCCACUGGACGGAGGCGUCCGUCGCCCACUGGCUCCUUCCCCGGUCGAACGUCGUGGAUGCCUUCGUUGUAGUCGACGUCGGCACGAACCGUGUCACAGACUUUUGCUCGUACUACCACGUUCCCAUGUCCGUGCUCAACCAUCCCCAGCACACGACCAUCUACACGGCGCAGUCUUUCUACAACGUGGCGACGUCUGUGCCGUUGCCCGACCUUGUGCGGGAUCUGAUGGUCAAGGCCAAAGCGAACAACAUGGACAUUUUCAGUGCCGCAGACAUCAUGAACAUGGACGAGGUGUUGGCCCCCCUCGGGUUUGAAGCUGGGGGCGGACACUUGCACUACUACUUGUUCAAUUGGCGUUGCCCGCAGAUGACUCGACGCAAUGUCGGGCUCGUGCUGCAUUGAGGAUAGUUAAAUGUAGUUCAUACGUAUACGUCGUUGCAAUAUCUAUAAUACACUAGGCUUUCACGGGAA